AUGCAAAAUAUGCCCAAUAGUUUAAUCAAAGGAGUAUCCAUGCUCUUAUGGGUUAAUGCAUUAUCUUCAGUUCAAUCUAAAGUUGCUUGGUAUAUCCGAACCGAUCCGAUCCGAAAACCCGAACCGAAAGGAUCUGGACCGAUCCAACCCGACCCGAUCGGGAGCAAUCAUGUGAGCCAUGCGCUGGAGUUCUUCCAGUGGGUGAAGUCUGAAUUUGAUGUGGGGCCGAAGACUUACAGCAUAUUGAUGAAAGGAUGGGGUGAUUGCAAGAAUGCGAAGGAAGCAGUGAAGGUGUUCGAUGAAAUGCUGGAACGGGGAUGUGGCAUUGAUGUGGUUUCUUAUAACAUGUUGCUGUCAGCAUUAUGCCGCGGGGGUAAGGUUGACGAGGCAAGUCUGCAGUUCAGUCAAAUGGGUUCUCACAAGCUCAAACCGAAUGCUUGUUCCUACACUGCUUUUAUCCAUGCUGCUUGUGAGGCGAAUGACGUUCAUUCCGCUUUGAGGUUCUUAGAUAGGGUGAGAAGGUAUGAGUUGGUGCUGAAUGUGUUUACUUACAAUUGCAUCAUUAAGCUGUUGUGUAAGAACCAAGAGAUCGAUGAUGCAUACCAUAUUUUGGAUGAAAUGACCAAAAGAGGGGUUGACCCUGAUGUAUGGAGCUACAAUGCGAUUCUAGCUGCUCAUUGUCAUCUUUGUGAGGUCAAUAAGGCACUUAGGCUUCUUCAUAGGAUGAAGAAAGCUUGUUGUCCGCCAGACCGGCAUACUUAUAAUAUGGUUUUGAAAAUGAUGAUUGAAGUGGGACGAAUCGACCGGGCAAUGGAAGUUUGGUAUGGUAUAGGAGAGAGCGGCUUUUACCCAUCUAUUACAACAUACUCCGUUAUGAUUCAUGGGCUCUGUAAGAAGAGGGGUAGGAUUGAGGAUGCGUGCAGAUACUUCGAGAUGAUGGUCGAUGAAGGGAUACCGCCUUAUCAUUACACUUGCAACUUGUUGAGGGACUGCCUCUUGCAGUUUGGAUUGCGACAGAGGGUUUACAUACUUGCGGAUAAAAUGCAACAAAGCACUUCGUGCUCAAUCCAAGAGCUAUCAGAAGCAAUCAUCUCAUCUCCGGCUCGGCCCAAGAAAAGAGAUGGGGUUUCUUCAGGAUCAAAUGAAGAAGAAUGAAAAUUUGAAACUGAAGCAAAAUUGCAUGGGGCAUGGACUACUUCCUAAUCAUUUUCAAACACUUGGAGCACAGAAUGCAAGCGAACUCGGAUUCGAACCAUGCCCAAUCCGAUCC